AUGGGGAGCUUAAGGAGGCGGCCACUGCAAGCUCUCCCUCCCCGCAAGCCCUUGCUCGCGUCGGCCUUGCCCUGCGAUCUGGGGAGCUCACGGGGGCCCUGCUGCCUCGAGGAGACGGCUGCUGCCCACCGACGUGGGGAAGCACGGCUCCCGGCCCCGGGAGGCAACUGCCGCAGCGGUUCAGGACACGGCCUCAGGGGCACAGACCUCCGCUCCAGCGGCGACCAGCUGGGGGGCCUUGAGCAAGCGAUGCAGGUCCACAGUGCCCUCCGGCAGAGCUGUUAA